CCUCUACCAUUCUUUGGAGAAAUACCUCAUGACUGGUUAAAAGAGCAAGCUGAUUACUAUGAGGAAGUCUUAACUAAGCCAUCAGAUCGUAUCUUAUCAGCACAUAUACUUUUCCAGAGAAUUGCUUCCCAAAAAUGCUUAAAAAUUCAUCAAGUAAAAUAUCCCGAAAUUCCAAUCCCAUUAAUUUAUAGGCCAAAGAAUGGAUACAAACAGAAUUGCCUUGUUCAAAUUCCCAGCUCAUUUGAAAAGAAGGAGUUAGUAAAAAAUGAUAUAGUAUAUUUGCCCUUAAAUACACUUCUUGACAAGUUCUUAAAAGAUAUAUUAUCACCACAAUGUGUUUGGGUUAUUGAUGAAAACCUAGCCUGGGAUAAUCUAAUAUAUUUGGCAGUUGGUCGUGUAGAAUAUUUAAGCCAACUCAUUCGGGUUGAAGCACCUCCAUUAUCUCCUGAAAUUGCCCAAGAGAUUGAGAAGGCAAAAAAGAAAAAAUAG